AUGGCAGAGAUUUUCGAAAGUGUUGACAAAAACAAAGAUGGAAAAAUUUUAUGGGACGAAUUCGCAGAGGCGAUUCGCGUUUUUUCUCCUCAAAUAACAUCAGAAGAAAUUGAUAAGAUGUUUAUAGUUCUUGAUGUCGAUGGUGAUGGUCAAAUUGAUGAUGUGGAGUUUGCUUCGUGUUUGAUGGUCAAUGGUGGAGGAGAAAAAGAUACCGAAGAAGAAGUUGUUAUGAAAGAAGCUUUCGAUUUGUAUGAUAUGGAUGGUGAUGGAAAGAUCUCAGCGAGUGAGAUUCAUGUGGUAUUGAAACGACUUGGAGAGAAGCAUACAAUGGAAGAUUGUGUUGUGAUGGUUCAAACCGUUGAUAAAGACAGUGAUGGUUUUGUUAAUUUUGAAGAGUUUAAGAUUAUGAUGAACUCUAACAAAGAGUCACAUUGAUCUUAUUCAUCAAUAGUUUAAUAGUCUUUUGGUUUUGUUUUGCUUUUUAGUUUAUGAAUUCGUUUUGAUGAUCACUUUUUUAGCAAUUGUCGUUGAAUUAUUUUGUUUGAGAUUUGUGGUAAUCUCGUCU